GGUUACAUCUUUCAUUCAUUGAGCUCCACGUGGCUACCAUGGUCGAAGAGUUCCACGCAACCGCCAGCGGUCCGAGGCGAUUUAAGAGACUACAAGAGACUAUUCGACCUUGCCUCUGUCGGACUCGGAAAAGUCUAUUCCCCAGAUGCCCCUGGAUGAACCCUGAUGCCCCCAGAUUAUCUUUAGCGAUUGCCAAGAGUCGACACUGGUGUAGAUUCUGCGUCCCAAGGUGACUGGACAGUGACAAGACAAUGCAUUCAGCGCAAGGCCGAAGCUGGAUAAAAGUUGCAUCUCACGGUCGACUCGGUAAUCUGUACAGUAGGCAAGGUAAAACACAUGGCGAUGACGUUUUAACACUUUCAACGGUUGAUGUAGACCCCACAUCUGAUCCAAUCAACUGCAGGUAAUGGUCCAAGAACCAGCUCCUCUAAUGACUUCCGUCGACGAUGCCGUAGACAAUGCAUUGGGCAAGGAUGACGGAAACACGACAGCUAUCAGGACGGUCUGAACGGAGGCUCCUUCGGGGCCUACCGGACCCCAACCUCCCAGCCCGGCUCUCCAUGCCCAAGCUCAACGGCUGGGACAUGUUUGAGCUCAGCAUGCGCGACAUCCAAGACCACUACUCCAAGCACCAUUUCUCCGCCGCCGAGUACGUCGCAUACUGCAUCGAGUACAUCCGGGUGGGUCAAUCCAUAUCUCCACGCCGUCAUCGGGAUCAACCCGGAAGCCGGGGCCAUCGCCUCGCGGCUCGCGAGCCUCGGGCAAGGUUCGCGGCCCGCUCCACGGCAUCCCGGCGCUGGUCGAGGACAACAUCGCCACCAGGGACUCGACGGCUGGCGCGUGUGCGGGAGCAGAUGCGCGGGGAAGGCAUUGACGCGGCGCUGAGCUCGGGCGGCGGUGAAAGGGGGCUGGACGCCCUCCUCCUGUGCGACUGCAAGGGCCUUGGGCAGCACUACGCCGCGCAGGCGGGGUAUCCUGUCGUGUGCAUCCCCGUCGGCCUAGACGCAGACGGGUUUUCCCGGUGGGACUGUCGCUGCAGCGCACGGCGUGGCGGGAGGCGGGGCUGGUCGGGUGGGUGGGCGGGCGCGAUCGAGGACCCUGUGGAACCGCGAGGUUGGGUGGAGGCUCACCCACGCCUGGGUUUAAGAACUUGGGGGCCGGAGAAUAUCCCUAUCGAGAAGGUUGGGACGAAGGGCGGCGGGGAGUUGCCUCUGUCGACAGGACCCCGGCGGUGCCUACGCCGGCAACGGGGCUGGGGUUGCCGAAUAUGUCGGUGCAGGGUCGGGAAUGGAAAGUCGGUGCCGAACUAUUAUGCGAGGUCCCGUCCUUGGCGAUAGCGAAGGGGGCGGACAAUCUGCCGAGGCCUGGGUCGUAGACCUAGUGGGCCGAUGUGGGAAGAGGUGGAUCGAAUACAAUCGACCCACUAGCAUGUUGAAAACCCAACUAACCAUAAAUGCGAGAACAGAAGCUUCGCUGAUUGGAUCUGCAC